AUGGCUCUUGACUUUUCGAGCGACUCACCUAUGGCGGCGCAGCUGCAACAGGUGGUGCAGGCCAAGCUUGCCGAGUUUGGAUGGACGACAGGCGGCGACGACACGACGCUGUUCGAGUACAUUCUGCUCAUGCUGGCCAACGACAAGAACGAAGCGCAGGUCGCGGCGGAGCUGUCAAACGAUCUUCUUGAUCUCGGCCCAGAAAACACAGAGACGCAACAGUUUGCGCAGUGGCUAUUUGAGCAGAUUGAGCGUUUGAAGCAGCAAGCAAAUGGCGGCGGCGGCGAUGGACCCGUCGCGCAGUCGAUUGAGAACAACCAGAUGGAGAGCACAUCCCACGACAACUCGGCAUCAGUGCAAGAUACAGAAAUGGAAGGUGCAUCAGAGGCACAAGGCGUCAUGUAUGGCAACACCUCAUCUUUAUUCCCCUUUCAGCCUCGGACGUCUAAAAGACGCCCAAACCGCCUUUACGAUAGAGAUCAGCAGAGUCUAACAAGGAACAGCCCCACAGGCCCCAAGGCGAUGCGCAAUGGCAGCGGCGCUCAAGCUGCACGGCCCGCACGCGGCGGUCGCAUGCUUAACCAGCUGAACAAGAAUAUGGACCGAAACCACGACUCAGUAUUGCACCGUGUGCGCGGCGCUGGAGGCGGUGUCGGCCGAGUAAAUGCGCACUCCCGCGACCCGCCCAAGGGUCCCCGGGGACAGAACAUUGGCCGUGGAAUCGAAGCAAUGGCGAAUGGUCGCGGCAUGGGCAACGCCACCAUGAACAUGGGCCAGAACAAUAUGGGUGGUAUGAACGGCAUGCCUAUGGGUGGUAUGCCUGGAAUGCCGAUGAACCCAAUGAGCGGCCAGAACAACAUGCCCGGCAUGGGGCUCAACCCUCAACAGCAGAUGGCCCUCAUGCAAAUGUACGAGCAACAAGCGCAGAUGAUGCAGCAAAUCUUCGCUGGCGGCCCACCCACCGCUUAUGUCAACCCCAACUUCCAAAACAACCGCGGCGGCAAGAAGCCACAUCGCGGCCAAGAUCGGUCGCACCAGGGCGGACGAGGAGGCAUGAACCCAAACGCAAAGCCGUUCACUAAGAAAGAGGGCGAGGACGAGACCAUGACGGAUGGCCCAGGUGCAGACAAUGGUGGCAUGGACGUCGAGCUGCCUUCUGGUCGCCCAGACCCCUCAGUGACCAUGUGCAAGUUCAACCUGCGAUGCAGCAACCCCGACUGCCACUUUGUCCACCAGUCGCCCGCUGCAGUACCCGGCACUGUCGUCGACAUGAACGACUCGUGCGAUUUCGGUGCGGCGUGCAAGAACAAGAAGUGCGUCGGCAAGCACCCAUCCCCAGCGCAGCGACAGAAGUUCCAGUCCGAGCAGGAGUGUGCCUUCUGGCCCAACUGCCGUGAUCCCUCAUCGUGCCCGUACAAGCACCCCACGUCCAAGCCGUGCAAGAACGGUGCCGACUGCACUGUCGAGGGCUGCAAGUACGGACACAGCACCAUCAUGUGCAAGUUCAACCCGUGCCUCAACCCCCGCUGCCUUUACAAGCACGAGCCUGGCCAGAAGAAGAACAACACUAAUGUGUGGGUUGCCCCCAAGGAGGGUGAGCACGUGAGCGAAAGGAAAUUUGUAGACGAGGAGCAAAAGGAGGAGCUCAUCAUCCCCAGCAAGGAUCAAGACAUGACGCAGGCACCUCCCAAUGAGAGUGUUGAUGUGCAGUCAUAG